AUGCGUUUUUUGGACGAUUAUGUUGGUCUGAAACUCAUGGAACAUCAAGUUCAAACUUCCGUCAACGAGCAUGAGUUAUCAUCAGAAACAACAGCGCAACAGAGGUCGCGGAGGAAGCAGGUAGUUCAACCUAUGAUUCUCGGGGUUUGAUAAACUUUGGCAUUUUUUUUGUUCUAUUUUCAAAUUCGAAAGUUCAUACGUAUUUCUUUCCCUGUGUAAAGACAGUUUUUAUCAACGCUGGCCGGCGACAUCAUUGUCUGCGAUGCAAUGUUUCGUGAAAUUAAAGGAAGAGCAAACCGGCUUUUUUAUGGAAAACUUUGAUACUGUGCGCUCUCGAAAGAGUUAACCGCUCUUCAAAAUUGCUAGUGCGUGUAAUGUUAUAAUAGUUUAAGGAAAUAAUCAACAAGGUUAGGAGUUAGACCGUUUACCGAUUCACAUGAAAAUAAUGUUGUCGAUCGUACGAUUCACACGACAACACAUUGCAAUGGCACAUGGAAGUCGCGAAGUCAGACACUCGCUACGUCUUUGAUCACCUCUUUAUUUUUGUUAACAGUUGCUGUUUGUAUCAUUAUAUUUCCCUUUUAUGUAUUUUAGAUCAUAAAAUUGUGUCUAAACAAGUUUGAUUACUGUCGAAAGUGACGAGCCAGAUUUAUAGCUUUUGCUUAUGCGACCUGAAUUGAAACGUGUCCGUUUGAUAAGCUUAAAUUUUAUUCCUCUGAUAUCAUGUUAUCAUACUCUUUAUAUAUCUCGAGCGUUGUGAUAAUGAUGACCCACAAUUUAGUCUCUCCGAUACUUUUUUCUUUGGGAUGGUAGAUUCACAUUUUAAAGUGUAAUUUGAAUUUACACGAAGAAGACUGGCCGGCUUCUUGAUGCUAAUUUGAUGUAAACUUUGUUAAAUUAGAUUGUAUUAAGUAAAAUAAUUACGUCAACAAUUUUGGAUAAACGUUGUAUAACUGACUCCCAUUCUUUGUUUAAUGCCUCCUGGUAGGACAAUAAACUGAUUUACUGUAACCCAUCUUCAUUCUGUUUUCCUAGGGGUCGAAAUCAGCGUCCAACAGGCUCUAGCUCUCCUCCCCAACCUUCUACCCAGUUUUCCAAUGUGAGUACACCUCAAAUGGUUUGAGUGUUUUUUAUUUGUUCUUUUUAUUUGUUGACUGUAUUAUCUGUAAUUUAAAAUUAAGUAAUAUAAGCUGCCGUUUAGCCAAAAGCAAUUAACUCACUAUCAAGCUCGACAUUAUCGAGGAAGCACAGUUGGGUGAUAUAUACCAGGAAAAAAAGACCUUCAAGUGUUAAUGGUGCUGAAAAUAGUUUUGUGUCUUGAAUAACACAUGACUUUCCUAAGACAUAUAGCUUAUGUGAUCAUAUAAGUAACUGUAAUAGGACUGAGUGGAGUCCAAUUUGGUCUGUAAUCACACAGGCAAUAAACAAAAUCGGACGACCACGUAGCGGGAGUCUGAUUUGUUUAAACACAAGUAUGAUUACAGACCGAAUUGGACAACAUGUAGUUCUGAUACCAAUUAAUCAUAACUAUAACAAAAUUUGUGAAAUUUUAGGCCUUUUUAUAAACUUAAAACUCAAGAAAUUCCAAGUGAUUUUUUUGCUAUUAGGUGAAAAAGAGCCAUUUAAGCACGUGAGUGUGAUGGUGCGUACUGUCCUAUAACACUGUCCUAUAAGUGCCGAAAUCAGGACAGUUGAUAGCCAAUCAGAUUUGAGAAUUUUGUUAAUGUUAUGAUUAAUAAAUAGUAGGAUCUGUGUCUUAUUUAAAGCACGUCUGAUGUGAGACAUGUCUUCCUUUUUCUCAUAUAAAAAGUCCUAAUAUAUGUUAAUUGACUUCAAUAUAAGGGUGUUUGUACGAUAAACAUUAUCAGUCAUCGCUUUUAUGUCCUAUGGCUUAUGAAAGACAAGUGUUUGGACCAGGUCUUCAGCCUUGUGGACUCCUUGAAGUUACAAAAUAAAGCAGUCAAAUCCCUGGCUGAAAUAAACUGCAGAUGUUUAAUUGAUAGAAAUGGCCACAGUAAGAGACUCUUGCUACUUAUAGAAACUAACUUACACUCCUGUGGGUGUCCACAAUUAUGGGAGUUGCUUGUAAUAAGCUGUAAAUUUGCCUUGAAUGUACUCUUUGCAUGGUUUGGUUGAGACAAAAGAAACAGUUAUUUUGCUACACAACUAAUCCUGGUUAUUUAAAGCCCUGAUUAGAGCUAAUCCAAGAUUAAAAUCUUUAAUCAGUGAUUAAGAUUAAUUUAGGUUGCUCUAAGGGAGUUUAUCACCUAACCCAUGACUAAUCAGAGGUCAAAUAUCCUUAUCAUUGGGUAGAUUAACGUCUUAAUUGACCAAUUCAGAUAACAAAAUUAUGUUAUUUUAUGGUUUCGUUGUUUGGACAGACAAACAUAGAGAAAAGAGGCACACUUUUGCCACACAGACUUUAAAACUGAAACCUUACAAGCCGUUAAAUUACAGGGAUGUCUUGGAUACCCUGAUAUUUGUUGUUUUUGAUGCCUACAUUGCUUUGGGAGCUUGACCUCCAAUGGGCUGGAUGUAGGGUGAUUUCAAUCCCUAAAAACAUUAAGAUGGAAUCCACCAGGAAAUUGAGUAAUCUUGAUUUUCAGUGGACAAAAACCUUGUACCAGAACAAUUUAAUUAAUAUUGCAUUCUUUUUUACAUUUUUCAAGGGCUAUAGAUGAAAUUAGUUACCUGUAAUAACACGAAAGAAAAUUUCUUAUGGGAGCCUGAGGAAAUAAAUGUCAAACUUCACAAAUGAAAUCUUGCAUACAAAAUUUUCCAAACUUUACCUAUUUUCUCAAAAUUCUUGUGAAAUUUGAUAUUCAUUUUCUUGGGCUCCCAUAAGAAAUUUUCUUUGGUGUUAUUACACAUAACUAAUUACAUCUAUAGCACUUGAAAAAUGUAAAUGUUAUUCAAGGUUUUUGUUUACUGAAAAUUAAAAUUACUCAAUUUCCUGAUGGAUUUCGUGUUAACAAGCCACGUUCAUAUCCAGCCAUCAGUGAAACUCCUUGUUGUGGACACUAAAGAAACAGAUCAGUCCAAGUGUCUGCAUUUCAGAGAUGUUUUGUUUUCUUGAGAUCAAGUUUACCUCAAGGGAUUUUCUGGAAGUCUCAUUUCUAGUCUCAUUAUUUUUAGGGAGUGGUGAUUAACCUCCCUGUUGCUUUGAAUCGGGAGGUUUACCUGAUCGAUUGUUAUAUUCUCACAUGUCUCAGCUCUUCAAAAUAAAAGUCUCACAAUCUCAUGCUAAUUUCUCAUUCUUUGCCCUUAUUAUAGUUUGAGGAUGGCUUUGGUAACACAGAUAUUUAUGCCAACAAGGCUAUGGUCUAUUAUGUGACCAGUAACUUGGUAAGUGUCAUGAGCAUUAAGGAAAACUCCAAAUACAGUGUUAUAAUAGAGUCUAUGAGUCCUCAGCUUCUACAUGUAUGUUCAUUAUAUGAGUGAUCAGUGUUCAGGAUUUACAAAAAGGAGAUCUGAACUCAGAUUUGUUGCAAACACAGUUAACCCUUCGAUGACUGCUUCGAUGAUUGUUCGUUUUCGUUCCAUAUGGAACAAUGCAUAUUUUCCUUCCUGGACCCAUUUAGCUUUCAGUUUAAGUUAAAUUGGUGAGCAAUGAUGUCCGUAAAGAUAGACCUUUCCAGCGAUACCUUGUUUUGGAUAUUCUGACCAAUCCUAAUAGAAUUUCACUCACAAAAUAAGGUAACUUUUUCGGUAAAAAUCCGCUGCCAAUUUCUCUGUUUACCUACCACUCUUUGAAGAUUAAUUUCUCCCUUUCCUAAUAAGUUAGCCAGCCACAAUUCCAUUCAAAAGAAAGAUGAUAAAGUGGGCAACAAAACUGCUAAUAAAAAAGGCAAAGGAAAAGAAGAGAGCGAGACAGAAAUAUUGAAAUAGAUUUGCAAAAAAAGUCCAAAUUUUGGCUUGUGCGCAUGUGUGAAAAACAGAAAAUCUGUUUAAUUAUGCCUUAUUAAUAAUGGUAAUAAGACUUAGUGGAGUCCAACUCGGUCUGUAAUCAUGGUAUAAGUGAGCAACAAAAUUGGACAACAAAUAUUUGGAGUUUGAUUUGUUUAAUCAUGAUUAUGAUUACAGAUCGAAUUUGAAGACAGGACGUUCCAUAACUGCAACAAAAUUUGUGAUAUUUUAGGCUUUUUUAAAAAUUGAAACUAGAAAUUCCGAGAGUUUUUUUUAGCCAUUUAAGCAUGCGCGUGGGAUGGCGUGUACUGUCCUAUUACACUGUCCUGUUAGUGCUGAAAUCAGGACAGUUGAUAGCCAAUCAGAUUUGAGAAUUUUGUUGUACUUUUGAUUAGUUGGAAAAUAUUUUUAGCCAUUUUUAUGCCAAUUAGCCGAAACCGAGGCCAAAGUAGAGGAAUUGGUGAGAAAUGUGGUUUUUCACUACUCACCAGCCGUCACCAAAGGGUUAAUGUGAUUGUAUGCAAAUAACAUGUACCUUCCAGUUAGCUUUUUAAUUGCUUUGUUGCGUUGGUUGCGAGAUUUAAGGAAUUUUAGUGCAGACAAGAAUUUCCUUGAGAGAAUGUUGCAGGGUAAAACUAGUUGUGUUUUUGUCAGAAUUCCACUCUUAGACAAGCACUAUUCACUACCAUGCCACAGUCCUUGUAUUUACAUCCUUUGCAUACUGGUAUUCUUUUCAACUCCUCUGCAGUUGUGGGAAUUCAUUAAUUUUAUCCAAAACUUCACUAAUUUUCAGUUUCAAAUCUUGGCUUGGCUUGAUGGUGAAAUUAGUUCAUCUGACAUAAAGAUGCAUCUGUUACAGGUUAAAAUUUUUUAACCUAGGUUGAUUCUCAAUUUCCUUUGUCUCCUAGCCCCAAUUCAUGAAUAAUCAAGGCAAGGAAACAAAGAAAAAAGGAUAGUCAACCUAGGCUAAAUAAUUUUAACCUAAAUAUAAAUAUGGCCUGUAACACAUCAAUUCACCUUCAGCUGAUGAUUAUAUUCCAGCAAAAUUUAUGCUGUUGUUGUACAUUGGGCUGGACUUGUGACUCAUUGCACCUCUGCUCUGUGACUCAUUAGUUUUGAUUUCAAGUAAAACUCAAAACAUAUCAAAAGUAAGUUUAGUUUGAUCGUCCGGGUGAAUGUAGUCCUGAAUAGGACUGUUGUCAUUGACAGUGACCAACGUUUCGACAACCUGUGUGGUAGUCAUCUUCAGAGUCAAAGUGAGUUGUAUCACGUCAGUUGAUGGUAUUAAAACUCAAAACACACUUACUACUUCUAACUUAUACCGGUUCAAGUUAUAUUUGCAUCUGAUGCAAGCCAGUGACACAUUGACGUUCUCCUCCCUUGCCACUCUGUGUAAGAUAGUGGUUUAUGGAUCUUGUGUUUGAUUCCAAUCCUGUAUCAUUUUCCAAGGUUCUCUUCAUGAUAAAAGUGGGGUCUCCUAGUCUUUUAGACACAUCAGGUUCCCAUAACAGAACUCUUCCAGCUGGCUCAUUGUGUCUUGUAAGCAGCACCUUUUUGGGUGAAUUUUAGGCUCAAACUGGUGGGUGCAGUUUAUUUACAAGACAAUCUUCCCUGGUUGGUGUAAAUGUCUAGCCUGGAGUUAGAAAAAGGAUGAAUAAAAGUAAUGAAUACUUUUAUUUCUUCAAAGUCAGAUUUGAAAGUUGGGCAUGUGGCUGAGCCCUGAGUCCAGCUUAUUUAUGAGUAUUUAUCAUAUUUUCUAAUGGCAGGGAAAGAUCAGAAAUUCCUCUGUGUUAGACUAGUUUUUAAAUAGAUAGCAAUGUUCAAUCCUUUUUAAAUUUCAGGGGGAGGUUGCUCGCAUAGUGGUGCGUAAUGGUGAUAUUUAUGAAGGUGUACUGAAGGCAGUUUCUCCAAAGGUAAGAUGUGAACUUAUACUUUAAUUAUUUAAUAGCUAUCUCUAAUUUCUCUAUAAUUUCGACUUCAGUGAAAAAGUACUUUAUUAACGAUUUAUUAAGGAGAGAAAUGACUUAAAGUUGUAUACAUGUGGUUAGAAAACUUGGUUUCAUUUAUCAUGGAUGCAUACAUGUACCAUAGCUCACUGACCUGAGAAUAAAUCAGUUGCCACUGGCAGCAUAAUUUUUGUACAAUGAAAAUGUAGGUGAUUAUUAUAUUUAGUAUUAUUUUUUCUGACGCACUGGUCAAGCUAAAUAGAUUAUCACCUUAAUUAGCUAUCUCGGAGCUAACUUUUCUGUUCAUUUUUCAUUUAAGAAUGGACUAAUGAUGAGCUCUUGAUAAUUUUUUUCUGUGUGAUAUUUAUGUUUUCUGAUAGAUUGGGACUAUACCUUUUUUGUGAAAAUCAUUAUGCAAUUAUUCUCAAAGUCAAAGAAAUGUUAUUUUGGAAAACCUAUACGUAAACUUUUACAAACUGUUGGGGUAGCAUGUACUCAAACGUCCCUUUCCAGCUACUUCUUCCAAUUUUGAGGCUGCUAACUUUGCUUGCAGUGAUCAAUUUGAUUUGAUUGAUUUUCUUUAAUAGUUUGAUUGUACUCUGGGCGAGGCUCAUCUCAUUGCAAAACAGACAAAUGGCCUUAUUGAGGUUUGUGUGUACCAUGUAUAGUGUACUUAAAUGCUAUUGUGUCUAAUUUUAACCUGUCUCACAUGGAUGUAACUGAAUUACUGUGAUGCUGACCUAGGGUUUCACAUUUCCCUAAGCUCUUACACCUCUUUAAAUGCAUUAGAAAGGAGUACGUGUGUGCAAACCAUUAGUCAUUGUCAAAAAUAUUUUGUUGUAAAUACCUUUUUUAUUACAAUAUUUGAUGUGCAGAACAGCAAUAUUGUUCCUCUGUGCUUCUUGUUAAGCAUGGUCAGAGCAGGACACACAAAAAUUUCUGUCUGGUCUUACAAGACACAGGAUUUUCUUGCUGGACAAUUAUCGUUUUAAGUUAUGUUGUAGCUAAAUCAUUAGCUAAGACAAGCAAGCAAAAUUGCCCCGGACAAGCAAAAGGUGAAAACGUUCUCUAUCAGGUGGCACAAUCUCUCAAUACUAUGGUUGUUUGUUGUAUGUACUUGUUGACAAAAAAAAUUCAUGUUGUACAUUGUGUAUACGUAUUUUAGGAUGGAAGGAUUGUGCCUAGUCGGGAGAGUUUAAUCACUAAUCUGUUGAUCGCCCUAAAGGAUAUUGUGAGUGUAAACAUCACAAAGACGGAAGAGCCAGACAUUGCGUCUAUGACUGGUACGUAUGGAAACUUUAUUAUUACAAUGAUUAUAACAAUAAUAUUUUACUAUUAUUAUCACAUUAUUCCCCUGGCAACUCCCUGCAUAUUGUACUGCAUGUAUGGCAUACAUGUACGUUCCAAGACUGUCCUCUAAGAAAACUGUAGUAAAAGCCCUCCACCUAUGAAAUAUAGGGUGAGGCUGCAAAUAACACGCAGUCAUCAGCCAAUGGCUGACCAACAUAAACUCUUGUUUAAAGGCAUCUUACUGUGAAACUCACAAAACCGUGAACACCAGAGAUAUUUAUGGAAUGUUUUUGUGUUGCAAGGAAAUAGCCAAUAAGGUAUGAGGAAACUAAACCGCAAACAGCAACGGUAGUUGGUUUGUGGUUUUGAGGUUUUCUGUCAUGUCCUGAAUGUUAUUGUGAUUGGUCACCUCACAAUCAACAUUCCUGAAAUUUUUCAUGUGUCAGCGUGCAAAGAAAGUAGUGUCCGAUAGCCCGGGGCUAGUGGAUUUUACUAUCAGGCUAGUGAAUUCUGUUCUUAACUUGCCCAACGGGCAAGUGAAGUAUUUUGAGGAAUUCAACUUACAGAAGAAUUGUGAAAUCAAUGAAUGAUUUUCCAGUAAUGUGAGACUUAGUUAUACGCACAGGAUUAUGGGAUUGCCAGGGGGCAAACAUUGCAAGUCGCUACAAAGAAAUGUAUGGCUUGGAGCUGUUUCUACGUUAAAAGUAGUGUCUUUGGACAGAGUAUGCCGCAUUUUGCCGUGACUUUUAUGAGAAGCGGACGUGACUAAUGUUGGUGCUUUGAAAUUGUAAGUUUUUGUGCGAUCAAUGCUAUGAAAUCUAUCAAUAAACACUCCUUGCGUAAGGUCGACUCACUGUCGACUGUGAAAUUUACUGAAUGGUCUUGAAAUAUAUAGUACUAACUUAGGUAUAAAUGAGCAGGGAAUGCGGACUCAUUUAAGCCUUUCCAGUUGUCCUUACAUGUGCCCAUAUUUAGAACGAGUGUAAUUACGCUCCGCUCAGCGGCGAUGACAAUGCUGUGCUGGUUUAUGAGAACGAUCGAAUUGUCGAAUUUGAUAUGUGUUAAUUUUAAAAACAAAAACGUCUUCCCCACAUUAGUAUAUUGAUUUCUUCUCGCCAAAAAAAAAUUUAAAACACAAGCAAAAUGCUUUGUCACAAUCCAGAGCACCAAUGAGUUCUAAUGCCUUCUCCAAUCAUUUUUCGGGAAGACAAAGAAUCUCUGAAUUUCACACAUCAACUUAUCGGAAGUCUUACUCGUUCGUACCAUUUCUGCCUCAUCUACUAAUGGUUAAAUAAAAUGUACUUUCCAUGAAAAAUUUCGUAGAUGUCACUUUGUUUAUACCAAAGUGAAGGAGGAUUUUUUAUUUUUAUGGCCACGUACAUACCUAUGAUUGUUGUCUUGUCAUAACCCGCACAGCACCGCAUAGCGCUCAUCGCGGCCGAGCGUAGUUACACUCAUCGUAAAUAUCAUCACAUGUACAUGUAAGUAUAACUUAAAAUGUUUAAAUGAGACAAUCCCCCUACAGGUAUACUUAAAUUUGCACUAUAUAUUUCGAGACCUUUUCUUCGUGUAGAUCACUGUGUAAAUUCAGUAAAUAAAUUUCACCCUCAACCUCAUGCAAGGAGUGUUUAUCUACAGAAUUUAUCGCAUUAAUCACACAGAAACUUGAAAUUUCAACGCACCAACAUUAGUCACCUCCGUUUCUCAUAAAAUCACGGCAAAAUGCGGCAUUUUCUGUCCAAAGACACUGCUCUUAACAGAGAAACAACUCCACGCCAUACAUUUCUUUGUAGCGACUCGCAAUGUUUGCCCCCUGGCGAUCCCAGAAUCCUGUGCGCAAAACAUGGGUCUCCGAUUACUGGAAAAUCAUUCAUUCUACACAUCGAAAAAUUUUAGGUCUAGUUGAAAUGACGUUUGGGCUAGUAAAUGCUAGCUUCAGCUUGCCUGAAUGGCAAGCUGUAAAAAUGACUUUCUUUACACCCUGUGUGUUCACAGUUUUCUGAGUUCCACAGUAAACAUCAUGUCCAUCUUUCAAAUCAUCAAUAACUAUGAUGCGAUUUAGAUUUAAAUCUUCAAUUAAACAGAUAACUUCUUUACAUGUAUCAGUAAUAUUACAAAUCACAUGUAUCAAAGUAAAGGGAAUAAAGUUCAACAAGAUCUAGUGUGCGCCUGUAAUUUUGAUUUGUCCAACAAAAAUUAGUUUUAAGGGAAGAUUAUAACUCCUUUUUGCCCAAAUGGCAAGAAUUUCUGUAGUCGCGAGGGGCUACCAGGCUGUGCUAGAGGACAUCGUUGAAAAUACUUGACAAUAAGAGGGUGACAAAAACAAAAUCUUAAUUUGAACCACAUAAUACACUGUAAUUUUGCCAUUUUAUGUCUCAGGUUUUUUUCUUGAACACAUCAUAUUAAUAGGGAUUUUGUAUUUGUUGAAUGUUUUCAAUGUAGAUAGUUUCACUGAUGCAGCCAUCACGGCCUCUAAGCAGACAAAUGGUCAAACGACGGAGCGACCACUUCAGGUAUGCAUUAUGCAAUUCAACAUUAAUUUUUUUUGCUUGACAAAGUGCAUGUACACAAGUAACAAAAAUUGUACUCGAACACUAAUUUUCAAAUUUGAGAAUUUGUUAUGGUUUUGAGAAUUUGUUAUUCAUUUAACUUGCCACUGGUUGUUGUAGUUUUAUCAGAAAAGUCUGGCAAAAUACAUGUUGAAUGUUGCGUGACUUUUAUUGUUGAUUUCUUGUGGUUUAUCUAAGAAGUGUAUCGCAGGCGGACCUUUUCAGAAACUGUGUCAUGCAAUGCUCAUGAAAUUUGAGAUGAAUUAUUCGAGAUUUGCAAUGGUUUUGUAUUUGUACGGGGAAGGGGGUGGGGGUGCACUCUCUUAUUUAGCGUAAAUGGGUAAGUGCCAUUGAACAGGGUAUGGUUUUCAGGCUCUUGGCUUGGACAGUACGCGCCAUCCCAUGCACGUGCUUAAAUGGCUUUUUUUCACUGCUAGCAAAAAACAACUCUCAAAAUUUCUUGUUUGAAUUUUAAAAAAAGCCUAAAAUAUCACAAAUUUUGUUGCAGUUGUGAUUAAUUGGUAACAGAACUUCACAUCAUCCAAUUUGGUCUGUAAUCAUACUCAUGAUUAAACAAAUCAGACCCCUGCUACGUGAUUGUCCGAUUUUGUUAAUCACUUGUAUGAUUACAGACUGAAUUGGACUCCACUCAGUCCUAUUACUACUAUUGUGAAUUUUGUUAAGGGGAAGUAGCUAUCGUAUAUAUAUAAAGGUUUUAUGUGGAGUGUUGUUUGCAGAAAUGGGUACCUCAGGAUGGAGAGGUUCACUUGGGACGAGGACUGGAAGACGAUAUGCAUGUGGUAAAUAGAAUUUGUUCUUCUUCCCUAGAUGCUGGUUUUCUACAAUGUAUGCUUAACAGUGACACCUCUCUAACAGGGACACCUAGAGUUGGUCCCUGUUGUUCUUCAGUCAUUUUCUUUGACUCUCUAUAAGGCAUACACCUCCAUAAAAUGCCCACCUAGAGUUGUUUCCUGCUGCUCUUCAGUUAAUUUUUGUUAACUCUCUAUAAGGAGAACACAUCCUUAAAACAGACACCUAGAGUUGGACCCUGCCAUUCCUCAGUCAUUUUCUUUGACUCUCUAUGAGGCAGACACCUCGCUAAAAGGGACACCUUGAGUUGGUCCCUGUCUUUUCCUAGUCAUUUUCUUUGAUUCCCUUUAUAGCAGCUAGUCUCUAAUUCAGACACUUAGUGCAAGUCCUAGAGGUGUUCAACUUAACUGAGAAGAAUUGUACAUAGGUUGUGGUUCAAUUUUAUCCUUGGUUCAAAUUUCAUUUUCCAUUGUUACUUGCACAUUAUCAUGUAUUACCAUACAAAAUGCUAUGGAAAAUUAAAAUUAAAAACAAAGGAUAAAGUUGAAUCACAACAUAUAUGGUAUGUAUUACUUGCAAGCAACAUAUUAUCUGGUGGUGAUGAUGCAUCUAGAGAGUUGUAACUGGCAAAGAAGAAAAUAAGUUUGAAUUUACAUUUCAGAUGAUGAGCCAUGUUUAAACUGAUCAAAAUUAUCGGCAGCUCUCUGAAUGAAGAUUGACACAUCACUGUGUAAAUCUUAUUUGCUCAGAACAUUUAUUAAGUUAUAGAAAGAAGAUCAUUAAUUUUGUUCAGUGUAUUCCAUUUUUGUGAAGGUUGUUGACUAGUACUUUCAUGUGUUGCAUAUACUGCAGGCUGUCAUGCUCACAAUAAAAGCAAUCAGUUAUGAUUUGUGUAAAUCACUUGAGUUAAUGAAAUUCAGACAAAUUCAUUCUUCAUAUCACAUUACAUUACCAUGCAGUGUACAUCUAAUGUUGAAAUCUUUUUGUCAUUGCCUUGUAUUUAUUGGUCUGCCAAAUGUACACAGAUUGUAGCUUUUUUAUCAAAGCAUAUGCUGAUUUAGAUAGUCAAGAUUUUCUGUCUUUUUUAUAGUAAAAACUGAAAGAAUUUCAUGAAACUGAUACCAAGGCUGUUUUAAGCCAAACAGAUUUAAAUGUCUUUUUUUUGUCAUGUGCAAUCUAUGUAGCUGAUUGCUGUUUGUCAUCCGCUUUGUUUUCAUUCACAAACCAGCAACUGAAUGGUACCUGCUACUUUGUCCAUGCAUGGUUGAUUUUACCUGACAUUUCUUAACUGAGAUCACUGAUCAUGUUUAAAACAUCCAAGAUGGCUUCUUAACAGAGUGAUUCUACUUCCUCUGUUGCUCUCAAACAUUUGUUGAUGCAACAUCUCUGUUCAGCCUCUACCAGUCACGAUUUUGACAGGUCCUUUCCACAUUCGGGCAUCAUUCAUUGACCAUUCAGCUAAAUUUUGUUUCAAGAGGGUGACAAAUUUAAUUCUUUCGGUGAACUAAACUUGUGCACUGUAGAGUGAAAGCAUUUACUGUAAGAAAAAAAACAUUGCUCCAGUCAGUUAAAACAUUGACAGAAGCCACUCCUUUUAGUGAGUGUGAUCAAAGUUAUUUGAUCAUAAAUCAAUGAGUUCCUCAUUAAGUGGUGUUCUUGAAGUGUCAUGGCUGUAAGUUGUUUUGUCAUGGGACAAAGACUCAGUCAAUAUGCAACCGGAGAUGUGGAAGUUGAAGAUACUCAGGUAUUUCUUACCUCCAUUGAAGCUUGCUCCAGUUUUUCUAAACAAUCACCUAUUUUCACUCUAUUAGCAUAUCGUAGAGUAAAACAGAUGUAUUAGGGAGGGAUCAGAUUUUAUUGCACAUGAAAUAACAGUUUUUACCUCUUGGUUUCAGAAUGGCUGGUCCGCAGACGAGAUGUUCAAAACCAACAGAGAAAAGUUUGGAGUUACUUCAACCUACACUGAUGACUUACAUCAAUACACGUUAGUAUUAUGACUUUUUUCACAAUAAUUUCCUACAUUUAUGAUUUUCAGUUAGCUCAGUUAUGGAUUCUAAGCAGUGUAGAUUCAAAUAGCAAAGAGACAGCUGAGGUUAAUGCAGCAAAUUUCUAACACAGCUCAGCUGAUAGGCAUUCAUCUUCAGCAUAAUAGAUGUGGGUAUAUAUACUUCCACUCACAGGGUCUUAAAUAUUAACUGUGGAUGCAGGUGCUGUCUUCACUCAGCAAACCACCCUGCGGCAAUGUUUCUAAACAUCAUCUCAUAAUUGCAAAUCUACAAAUGGCUCUUCAGGGGACAGUUCCUCUGAGCCAUCAAUUACUUCACUGAUGUCCGCCCUUUCCAUCCUUCGGCAAUUGAUUUUCUGUGAUUUGAAUUUUCUACAUGGGUAUUAAGUUCUGCAUGUUUAAAUUUCCCAAGGAUUUUUAUUCUCAGGUCUUUAGUUUCAUGAUUUUUUUACAAUUGUGAAAAAAGGCAAAAAAUUAAAGACACAUGAAAUUAAGUACCAGUGAGGUAACUGUAGUCUGGGAGAAGCUGGUAGGAGAGAAAGCAGGUUUUGGCAAAACUUCCGUGGGCAGGUGGCAUGAUGUGUUCAAAUUAAUUGUCCAACAUAAUGAGCUGUUUGUCCCAUAUUGUAUUAUUGCAGGGUGCAAAGAAAGUCAGUUUUAUAGCCUGGGCAAGCGGUAGCUAGCACCUAGUAGCCCAAAAGUCAUUUCAACUAGCACAAAAGGAAUUUUUGAUAAGCAUUGAUUACAGUUCUUCUGUAAUUUGAAUUCCGUAAAAAACUGCACUUGCCCAUUGGGCAAGUUAAGAACAGAAUUCACUGGCCUAGUAGCCCAGUUCUACCAAAUUAAUCAUUUGCCAAUGAAAUGGUGAAGUCUAGUGACUGAAUUUGAGCAAAACCAGUUGAGUGCAAUUUUUUCUUUUUGGCCAGGUAGGGACCAAAAAAUUGGCACUAUUAACUUCAAAUGGAAUAUUUUUGGGUAAAAUGAGUUAUAGUAAGGUCAAGAACACUAAGAUAACUUGGUCAUUUGCUUUAAACAGGACACCACUCCCUAAAGACAGCAGUGGGGAAAUGGAGCUAAAAGCAGAACAAACAGCUCGUGAAAUUGAAGAGGUGAGUUAGUCAAACUGAAGCACACUGUAUUUUGUCCCCAGCUUUUGAACAGGAACAAAAUUCUUAUAAGGGAAAGGGGCUAGGGAUUUUUUAGCAAUAAUAUUACUACUUCAGUCCUAAAAUUUUAUAUAAAGUUCAGCAAUUUUUUUUUUGCCAAGCAAAACAGUUUAUGGGUGUAAAAAACUGACCAUCAUGCUUAAUAUUUCUGUAUCAAAGCUUACUUUAUGUUAGUUAAACAUAGGUGUUAAAGUUAGCAGAUUUGCCCAUUUGGGGUAUGCUUUCAUUAGAUAAUUUUAUUAGAAAUUCUGUAGGUGUACCUUUUAAAGUGGCAAGCAUUAUAUUAGUAGCAUAACAAUUUUUUGGAUAAAAGAACCUUUCAGUGUCUCAAAUAUUGUACUUUAAUCGAAACCAAAAGUAAUAAUAUAUUAAUGCAAAUUCUCACUUUAUUCCUGACACAGUCUUGGGGUCAUAACCGUCGGCAAGAAGUUGAUAGUGGACGAAGCGAGGAAGAGGCUUUUGCUGCUGUUGUGAGACCACAGACCACUGCUCCAGCAUCACAGCCAAGUAAGUUGUGUUUUACUGGUUCUACAAUCUCAAAGGUCGUAGCAAUGUAUUUUACAGAUACCUUUUGGCUACAGUCAAUAUUAUAUGCCAGCAGUGUUCUCACCAGGCCGCGGCCUUGCGGGAUUCCCGCAAGAAAAACUGAAAUGGCGCAUUAAAACCAAGAAGAUGGGCCCGUUAGGGCGCAGGGGCAAGCUACGAGUCAAACGGACUUAAGUAGUUUUAAUGGUCAACCUAACACUAAAGCAUUCUGUUUGUUUGAAUAAAUAAAAAACAUGAUAUCAAAUGAGUCAAAGUCUUUAAUUUUGUUGCCUUUGCUUUCAUUGGUCCCACGCACGUCCCACUACAUCGUAAACUCCUCCUCCGAAUCGUAAACACCUCUUCCGCCAUAUGUAACAGACAAUUUGGAGUGCGGGCUCAGGUUCUUCGUACCGUGUGUUUUUUGUAACUUUGUCCCCCUAAUGUUCUUACAGGGCUUCUAUUUCUCAGAGGAGGGGGCCCUGGGACUCCCCAAGGCAAAAUCCUGGUGAGAACACUGUGCCAGUGCCAAUGGCAAAGGCAAAUGAUUGACUAGACUCUGGCAAAAUAGUAAUAUUUUGCAAACUGAGUUCAGUAAUUGUUUUAUCAUUCUAUUUGUUUGUUUGCUUUGUUUUGUAAUGUAAUUUUUUUUUUUGUAAAAUAUGAAGCCACCAUUGUCUCCCAAAGACAGGAACCAAAUGACACAUGAGCAGAGCAUGGUCUGCAGUAGAAUAUCCUUUUUUUUCCUAUAACUCGGCCCACUAUCUGCGAGGGGUCAUCAGUAGUGGUGGAAUGCCCUCUUAACUAAUCAAAGCUCAAGAAAAAAUUAUUCGAAUGAUAAAUGGUAAUUACUGUUCUGUUUCAUUGCAAUUUGGUUUAAACCACUCUUUGUCUUUGUUCAAUUUUUUUAGCAGAUUCCCCUCCAGUGACAGUAACAGCAACUGACAGGCAAGAUGUUGCUUCUAAUACUGCUACCAUCACUACGGCAGUAAGUAGUUUUAUUUUUUGAUUUUAUUGGUUCUGUACAGUACCGUACAGUACAGUUAAAAUCAUCCAGACAGUAAACCUGUUACGAUAGAGUUACACUGGUGACUACACAGUCGACCAGUGCAGCGAAACCACUCUUACAUCCUACCUGCCAACUCUCCCGGUUUUCCCGGGAGUCUCCAAGUUUUUCAUCAUAUCUCCCAGUCUCCCUGUUAGAGCACCAAAUCUCCCGGAAAGUACCUACCAUGGCCUUUUUCAAAUUUUUUUCAUUGAUUUCGUCGUUUUCGAGAUGUCAAAAAGGAAAAUAAAACAAAUGGAUUUAGUACUCUUAUUUGAACUGUUCUUGAUCGGAAAACAUAAAACAGACCAACCAAAUUGUUACAUAUUUAACAAGUAUUGUAAUUGAUCUGAAAUCAACCAAUCAAAUUGCACAAUACAUGGUAGAAGUUGGCACUGUUUUUGCAUGCCGUUAUCGACGUCAGGAACAUUCGGAAGGCGUGCGGGUGACUUUCGGAGAGUAUUCGAGACGUUGUUGAAAUUUACAUUCUUGCAAUGCAAAGAUUUCUAGACAUCUCCAGGUUUGGGGGGUUGGCAGGUAUGCUUACGUGCCUAUGAAUUGUGCAUAUUAAGGGAAACAAAAAUCUUCAGAUCACUUUAUAAUAAUAUUAGAAGCAGCUUCUAAUGUUGAGCAGCUUCUAUUGUCUCUACACACCAUAUAAUACUCAUAAUACUUAAAACCCUUAUUGUAGCAUCAAUCUAACUAACUAACCCCUUUGGUCAGAGGUAGGGUGUGUAGAUAUAUCUAUGAUAUUGUAGAGUGGAAAUUGUAAUCCUGGAUUUGUCCUUGUCUGCUUUAGAGAGAACCAGUAUUUCUUUGAGUGGAACAAUGUACAUGAGGUCGUACAAAUUAUUGUCAAACUGCAUGUCAAAACUGUUAGACUGCACCUCUAUUAAUAUUUUGUUACUUACUAAACUUGUGCUUUCUUAACAGUAACUGAUUUUUGUUUUUGUUAAAGCCUGAAGCCACCUCUACCACUACAACUGUCACGACCAGUUCUGCAGUUACCAGUAGAGUAACUUCUCAGUCAAAAGUGCCAGUAAGUGAAGACUUGUUAGCGAGAAGUUCUCUUAAGGAACCUGUACAAACUGAAGCUCCCAAAUCUCAACAGGAAGUUGUAAAAGGUAAAAGACCUAAUAGUAGUAAUCAUAAGUUACAGAGUGAAUUCCAAUGGUGUUAAUCCUAGGAUUUUUCUCCUCUGGCAAGUGGGUGAUGAGUUGUCAUUUGCCUAUGCAAAAUCUGUGGAAAGUAAAAAAAAUCUUAAAAAUAAUACAUCCCCCAAGAUUUGUGUAAACAAUGACAUAUGUCCCACAUUAUCUCACUCCAGUCUGUCUUACACAAAAUACUAUGACUUUAUUAAUUGUUAUUAAGAAAGUGGUUAACAAUUAAGUCUCUGCAGACUGACAGACCUGUGGCUUCCAAAAGGUUUUGAAAGUUUUUGUAUUUUUGACAGGAGAAAGGGUAGAGAAUCCAGACAACAAAAAAAAAACUUGAAACAAGGGUGAGAACCAACAGCAAACUCCUCCCAUCUGAAUGUUAAUUUGAACACUAAGAUUUGUUUGAACCAACUGCACAAUUCCCUUGCCCCCAAAUACAGUGAGAGUGGCUUCUUGGUUAUGUUUCAUCGGUAUCAUCAUAGUUAUACCACUAUGAGGGUAAUCUGUUAAACAAUGAUUAAUUUUGUUUGUAGAUCUGAAGGACUUUCAUACCAAUUUUAAGGUCAGUAUAUUUUUCUCAACACAUUUUUGUUAUUUCAUUGCUCAUUAACUCAUUAAUUAUUAUUAAGUUUAGUAUCUAAAAUGUACUAUGAAAAUUUAACACCACCUAAAAUUAAUAUUGGCUGCGGUUGCACUAGGCUUUACCUCUAGAGUAACAGCAGUGUAAACGUAUCUGUUUACGUUUAAUUGUUAACACUAAAUCUACUGUUUGAGGGUCGCAUUUCCUUUGCAUAAGAAUUGAUUUUUUUGACUUGGUGACAGAUGGGUGAUGAACAUGAGAUUUCAAGUUUUAUAUAAAAGAAAAAAUCAUGCAAGAUGAACGCAUUCUGGUGGCAAGUUGCGAUUUUAAUUUAUUGUUUACGUAGUGAAGGCUAUUUUAUCUCCAUGCCUUGAUCAUGAAGCAUGCCUUACAAUUACGUCUAUUGUUGAUUCCGAGAAGAUAGCUCCUUAUGUUUUCCUUCAGGGCUAAUGGCUCAUUGGAGAUGACCAAUAAUUGGCCUAUCCAUGUUCACGGAGAUGUUAAACAACCACAGGCCUUCUUCUGUUGGUCCUAGAGACAAAUAAACACUUUGUGGAAAACUCACGUUUUUUGUGAUACAGAUUUAGCGUGUUUUUUGGUCUGUGGCUAUGAGUUUGGAAAUGACCUGACAUGUAAUCCAGGUAGUAAGCGAAGCAGUUUCCAGUCCUUUUUCUGAUUGGCUCAAAAGCAAUUAACCUUGAUGUGAACACUUCUCUACCAUGCUUUUUAGCGUGGUUUACACCAUGUAAAUUUUCUUUCUAGAUGCCACAUUACCCGAGCAACUAACACUUACAUCCGAAGUGCAAAAAUAAGUCGGUCACACUGAAAACACUAAAAACACUGAAAAACACCAAUGUAAAUAGUAGUUUUUACACAUAGUGCAACCACAGCCAUUAAAAUGCUUUGAUUACAUCAUAACAAUGUAACAGUACGGACACCCUUUACAGUGAAACUUCUCGUAAGGCACACCACUCUAUUACUGAGGGUCCUCUUGAUUCAAAACAUACCAGAAAUCGUACUGUUCCUUUCUCGAGAAUAUGCUCACUUCUUAAAACAGUAAAAACAAGCACAAGGUACAAAUAAGGUAGUCGAAGGUUUAAACAUGUACAACUGACCUUGCUUCCUGUUCGCUAAUGCAAUGACAGUUCUGACAUUUGACUUUGAAAAUGACUUUCUGGAGCACAUGCUCAGGAUAAAAACAAACAAUAUUUUUCCUUUUCUUUUCUUAUUUUUAUUCAAUUAUGCGAUUCAAGGAAAAUCCUUUACCUGACUGGUGAAUUCAUCUAUAAAUUGCACUUGAAAACCGAUAUCAGUUUUUGUGUGCAAUUUAACACGGAACUCCCUUGUCAGGAAAUGAAUUUUCCUAUAUUAGUUGUCACUACACCUAUUUAUUUAUUUUCUUCUGUACUUUUUGUAACAGUUAGGCGAAAAGCCCUCAAAGAAAGCUCAUAAGGAAGGACACAAGGAAGUCAGUAAAGCAGUUGUUAAAGAAGUGGCUGCUGAACCUGAGGCUGUGGAGUCUGCUGUUGCACGAACUAGUGGUAUGUACACUUGCCAACUUCACUGCUGAUGGGAGCAGCUUAUCAUAUGUUUCACAAGUUACUAUCUUCGAGUGUUCCAUGAUACAUGUAGACUCUAGCUCAUUGCCCCCAAAAUUUUUCUUAAGCAGUUCUCCCAGAAGAAGUUGAAAACAACAGGGGGUGGGUGAGACUACUGGUCAUUUUGAGGUUUUAGUAUGGUUGGGGUAGUGUCUUAAUUGCACUUUUGGACUGUUUUUGGGAUGUAAUGCUUUUCUUAACCAGGGCAGGAUUAGCUCAGUCAGCUGAGCACUUGACUGCAGAGUAGGAGGUCAAUAUUUUGAUUCACAGGGCCAGACUAAUAAUUGGGGUUGAGAAAUGAAGGUGCUGCCUUUGGCCUGCAAACAGCUACACCUUCUUGGGCUUGGAUGACCACAUAAAAUGGCUGCGUCCUCCCUCAGCAUAAAUUUUGUUCUGGAGACUCGUGACCAGACCCAACCAGGGUCUCUUUCUCUCUCUCUCUCUUGCUUGCUAGGGAUGGGUAGGAGAGAACCGUGAGGUUGCAGUAUAAUAACUGUACCUCCAUAAGAGAGGCAUCUAGGUUGGGUCCCUGAUGUUCUUUCAAUCAUGUUUGCUUUUGGUUUUUUAUGAGGUGGACAAAUGUUCAAGACAAACACUUAAUGCCGGUAUUGUUGAUGCUGUCUGUAUUAGAGAGAGUCAGCAUUCCAGGCAGUACAAAUUAGAUCCUUCACUAUACCGCCUUGUGCGCAUUAGAUCGUAUUUAAAUGCCAUUUUGCGCCUUAUAAAUAAUAAAUUAUUUUAUAUACAGGGACUUAUUUGAACAAGGCAUUAAAUUUGGUUAAAUGUAAUUUAACUAAGUUAACCACCACGAGCUUAGCGGUCAAGCGGUUCACAAGCGUAGCGGUCAAGCAAUUCACAAGCAUAGCGGUCAAGCGGUUCACAAGCUUAGCAGUUGAGCGGUCCACAAGUUAAGCGGUCUAGCGGUCCACAAGCUUAGCGGUCAAGCGGUCUACAAGCUUAGCGGUCAAGCGGCCCACGAGCGUAGCGGGCAUCCAGCGGUCAAUCCCAUAAGUGCAGGCUCACAUGGUGUGUGGUAGCUUUGUACAUGGCUAGGAUCUGCGAGUUGUUCAUCGAGCGUUUGUGCAGUGGUCUGUGGAGCGGUUCAUUUAGCGUCUUCGCCAUUUUUAGCGAUCUUUGGAGCGUCAGUCUUACAGUGUGCUUUUUCUUGUAUCCUUUUUUCUUUCAUUUAUUUUUCAAAGCGUGCGGGUCGUCACGUUCGUUCAGGAUGCGUACCACGAACAACAGCCUGUCAACGAUGUCUUCCCCGGUUACCGCGUCUUCGCCUUCUUCUAGCGGUUCUACCCCAGCUCCUACAGUUAACACCUCGGCUUCUCCGCCAAGUCAACCUGUUUCCCUGCCGGACACCAACGCGCUAGCCCAGGCAAUUUCAAGAGCUCUCGCGGAAUCGCUCCCUCCGCUGCUAUCUUCCCUUCGAGAUUCCAGUGGCGGGAACUCGAACACGGCCGCGGCGUCUGUUCCUCUCUCCUCGACUUCGACUUCUACGCAGUCUCCGGCAUCCUCUAGCUCCAGUACCCCUGGCUCUACCUCCCAGUCUUUAGGUACGCUUGUUGUGCCCUCAUUUAUUUCAACGUACAGCUCAUCUGGCGGUCCUUCGGUAGUCUCCUCUCUUCCCGCCACGUCCUCCGCCAACUUGCCUGUAGUGGUUGGGGGCUCUUGUGGUGGCGCGACCGGAACCGAGUCCUCUACGCUUCCAAACCUCAAUAAAGCAUUUGUGGUGGGCCCUGGCUAUGCUCCAGUCCCCUUCAAGCUUGUUUCUAAAAUUACCGCAGGGCUUUUUGUAGACUUGGCUGACCUCCUUCCGGACAACAUCAGAGCUCAAGAAAUCGAACCCCAAGCGUUUUUGAGGAAAACUGGUGGUAUCAGGGUCGAAGAAACGGGUCAUUGAAAUAGCAGACAUCAUCACCUGGAUUGAAGCCUUCACAAUCUUUUCUAUGAUUCUUUGCCACACCUUCCCCUCUCGCUGGAAAGAUUUAAAUCAGUACAAGUUACUCAUCAUCCAGACAGCAAGGCGCUUUUCUGACAAAUCGUGGCUCCACUACGACAUCGCCUUCGAAAAAAAGCCGCAGCCUCAGGUUCAACCGACUGGUCUCGCAUGCACCCAGACCUCUACAACUUUCACACCAGAUCUCCAGUGACCACCUCAACUGCUUCAGGCUCCUCAACUUCCUCUGCCUCGUCACUAUCAGAGCCUCUUGGGUCUUCAGGCAAUCCCGGUCUAGCCAGUAUUGCCACUCCUGGAACAACGGGCGCUGUCGCUGGCCCUUUGGUCGCUGUCGGUUUCGUCACUCCUGUGAAUCGUGCCACGGGACCACCCCGCAUCCACUGCCCUCACCGGUCCGGGAGAGAGAACGGUCCCGCUCCCCUUCUCAGUCAAGGGGGUCUCCGCCGUCGCUAGGCAACCUCUAGCCAAUUCAACUGUAAAUAGUUUUGUUCCUGUUCACGUUGGUUCUCAUGGUAAUUUUUCAGCGUUAGAGUUGCGUUCUCCUUUUGUGUUACCUUCUCAGCAGCAGGGUCUGCCGAGUUCCAGUUCUUCGUUGUGUUCUCCAGCUGUUUGUCCUUUAAGACCAGUUUCUCAGCUUACUCCCAUCAAUGUGGAUAGAUUCCAGCAUGAACUCUGUCAUCAUCCUAACCCAGACAAAGUUGCAUAUGUGGUCCAAGGCCUUCGCGAUGGUUUUCACCUAGGUUUCAAUUACAGUACUUCCCUGAAGUCGGCAACAGGGAAUAUGGCUUCAGCACUCCUGAACCCUCAGGUCAUUGACAAUUACUUGCAGUCGGAAGUUCAGUCAGGCAGGGUGGCGGGCCCUUCUCCCAGCCUCCCUCCCUGUCCUCCACGUGAGUCGUUUUCGGCGUCAUCCCCAAACGCCACCAACCUGGCAAAUGGCGUCUUAUCCUGGACCUGUCUAGCCCUGCGGGCACAGUGUCAACGACGGAAUUGCGGGCGAGGAUUAUUCUCUGCAGUACAUGAAGGUAGAUGACAUUAUUGCAGGCAUAAUGCAGCUGGGGCGGGGUUCCCUCAUGGCGAAAUUUGACGUGCAAAAUGCAUACCGUACAGUGCCAGUCCAUACAGAAGAUCGCCAGUUGCUGGGUAUGAAAUGGCGUGGUGCCUUUUAUGUUGAUAUGGUCCUGCCUUUUGGUGUCAGGUCAGCUCCAUAUAUCUUCACAUGUAUAGCAGACUUAGUGGAGUGGGUGGCCAAGCAAAACUACGAUGUCACCUUCCUGAUGCAUUACCUUGAUGACUUCCACACUCUUGGCCCUCCCGGCUCCUCUGUUUGUCAACAUAAUCUGGACAGGUCAAUUGACUGUUUUUCUAAGCUUGGCAUCCCCUCCAUCCAGACAAACUAGAAGGGCCGUCGACGUGCCUAACCAUCCUGGGCAUUGAACUGAACUCUCUUAAUCUGCUGGCACGCCUUCCUCAGGACAAAUUUGAUAGGAUAACUGCCUUGUUGGAAGAUUGGUCACAAAAGCGUUGGUGUAAACGCAAGGAUCUGGAGUCCCUAAUAGGUCACCUUCAGCAUGCCUGCAAAGUCGUACCCCAAAGUCGCUCAUUCUUGCGCCCGAAUGAUUAACCUACUAUGUGCCUUUCGACGCGAUGACCACCCGAUUAAAUCUCAAUCAAGAGUUCUUUCUUGACCUAGCCUGGUGGCAAGAGUUUUUCCAGUCUUGGAAUGGUUGCAGCUUUCUUCAGUACCCCCAGUGGGCUCCAAUUCCUGACUUGAGGUUUCUUCAGAUGCCUCUGGGGCUCUUGGUUAUGGAGCAGUCUUCCAGGGUCACUGGUUUUCAGGUGCAUGGCUCCCAUCACAGGUCUCUCAGUCUAUCGAGUACAAGGAACUUUUCCCUCAUCGUCGUGGCAGCUUACCUCUGGGGCCCCCAGUGGGCCUCCAAACGGGUCAACUUCCUAUCAGAUAACCGCUCAGUGGUGGACAUUUUGCGGUCUGGCACUUCAAGAGCCCCUACCAUCAUGUCCUUGGUUCGCUAUCUGUCCCUGUUGGCAGCUCGUCACUCCUUCUCCUUCACUGCCUCCCCAGUUAGAGGGAAGUCUAACCCCAUUGCUGACUCCCUGUCUCGCUUUCAGUUUCAGCGUUUUUACCGGCUAGCUCCUCUUGCAGACUCCAUUCCAACCCAGAUUCCACAGCAGCUCCUCUCGGACUUGGAUCUUCGCUGUCAGAUAAAUACCACUUCUAUUUGACUCAGGGUCUUGCCCCUCCACUAGGAAAGUCUAUGCUUCUGCCCAACGCCGCUUCUUGGAUUUCUGUGCUCAGGACAAUAGCCUAUCUCCUUCGGGAUCAGCUCUUCCAGCCAGUGAAGACGUGCUCAUCCGUUUCUGCUGUCAUCUUGCUGAUACUCUUCACCAUUCAUCCAUAAAGGUUUACCUUUCAGCAAUUCGGUCCCUUCACAUUGAGGAGGGUCAUCCUUCUCCGCUGGUUGGUUGCCUUGAUUACAGCGGGUGUUGCGGGCAUCAAACGUCACCAAGGCUCAAAUAAGCGUCAGCGCCAACCCAUCACAAUCGAGCUGAUGCACAUUAUCUUCCAGUCCUUGAACUUCUCUGACUACAACCAUACAAUGCUUUGGGCUGCCUGCUGUCUCGGGUUUUUGGUUUCUUACGUGCUGGUGAGUUUACUGUCAACUCUCCCUUCAAUCCUGACAUCCACCUUGCUGUCAGUGAUGUCCAAGCAGAUUCCCUAGUCAAUCCUAGCAGCUUCAGGAUUCAUAUUAAGUGCUCUAAGACGGACCCCUUUCGCCAAGGUUGCCAUAUUUACAUUGGUGCUGGUAAACGUGAUCUCUGCCCUGUCUUGCCGCCCUUACCCAGUAUCUACACGUCCGUGGCUCAACUCCUGGCCCACUUUCCUUCUCUCUGAUGGCACCCCUCUACAUCGCCAAUGGCUGACAUCCAGUAUUCAGUCUAUCUUCUCCGCUGCUGGGGUCACUGGUUGCUACACCGGUCAUAGCUUCCGCAUUGGCGCUGCUACUUCAGCAGCCUCUCGUGGCUUACCAGAUCACCUCAUCAAGACACUUGGCAGAUGGUCCAGCGAUGCGUAUCAGAUCUAUAUUCACACUCCUGUCAGUACUAUCGUGGGGGUGGCAAGCCUUCUCACUUGACAGGUAUUUUCUUGCGUAUCUUUCUCUUUUCCUAGUUGUCCUUGUAGGGUGCCUCGGGACUUGGGUAGUUCGGGGCCAGGGCUUCCCCAGCCCUGAGCCCCUCUUUCCCUCUCCGAUCUGGCUCGUCAGCUCGGAGAGUCCCUUCGACUUGGAAUGGGGGCUCAUGGCUGGGUUGCGGGAUUUGCCAGCCAUGGGGGCAGUUUUUCUAUCUAGGGGCUGGCUGGCCACAGUGGAAGCCCUGGGUAUCCCAGGCACCCACCUUCCACUUAAGCGAGGCAGUUGGUUAAAUUUGGUUAAAUGUAAUUUAACUAAGUUAACCACCACGAGCUUAGCGAUCAAGCGGUUCACAAGCGUAGCGGUCAAGCAAUUCACAAGCAUAGCGGUCAAGCGGUUCUAAGCUUAGCAGUUGAGCGGUCCACAAGUUAAGCGGUCUAGCGGUCCACAAGCUUAGCGGUCAAGCGGUCUACAAGCUUAGCGGUCAAGCGGCCCACGAGCGUAAGCGGGCAUCCAGCGGUCAAUCCCAUAAGUGCAGGCUCACAUGGUGUGUGGUAGCUUUGUACAUGGCUAGGAUCUGCGAGUUGUUCAUCGAGCGUUUGUGCAGUGGUCUGUGGAGCGGUUCAUUUAGCGUCUUCCCCCCCCUCCCAUCCCUAUUUUUCUUCCUUCCACUGUUUGAUCAGUGUGACGGGUGCCUGGAAUGGGGGCUCAUGGCUGGGUUGCGGGGAUUUGCCAGCCAUGGGGGCAGUUUUUCUAUCUAGGGGCUGGCUGGCCACAGUGGAAGCCCCUGGGUAUCCCAGGCACCCACCUUCCACUUAAGCGAGGCAGUUGGUUAAAUGCUAUUUGUUCCUGUCUAUUUAAUUCAAUUUCAAAUCAGAAACUCCGCCAGCUGAAGUUGCCAAAGCCGAAGAUAGCAAGACUCCUCAACCUCAAGAAGAAAGGUAAACUUUUGCGUUGCUCACAUGUCCCUUUAUGAUUAUAUACAACUGUGACAUAUUCCUGGUGAAUUAUACGUAAAUAGAUAAAUAAAUAAAUAAUCAUCUUUAAACAGUGUGCAUUCACGCAAACGUGGUCUUCAGAACGGUCCUGUAAACCUCAAGAAAGCAACUUAGAAACCUUAGAGAACAAUAUUGCUUUUAAAUUAUUUGUGUUCACUUUAAGGCAUACAUUGUACACUCUUAUAUAUACACUCUCUAUAAGGUCCUAUUACACAAGGCAAUAAAUAGUGUUAUGAUCUCAAACUUUUAUUGUGUCAUGCAAGACAUGUUGUACAAAACAUAGCUUAAUGUAACAGCUAAUUGUACACUCUGUUAUUAACCCUUUUCCUCCCAGAUGUUGUCAACAACUACAACAAAAAAACAUAAAAAUUUCCAAAGUAAAUUUUUUGUAGAGGUUUGGUUUUAAAUGGUCUUACAACAGGAUUUGAUCCAAGGUCUCACCAGUAAGGAUCAUCUUGACUCCACCAUUUACCCUGGUAGUCAGUGAAAAGUCUAAAAUGCGGACAGUCCUGUCUGAUCACGCAUUUGUUUCAAGGCCCAUUCUAAAUUAACUUCGUGAUGAGUAUCCUUGCAUUCAAGAGAACAGCUCGAACACUAAUCUUUAUGAUUCUUGUCUUAUUUUUAGUAGGCAAAGGAGACUUUUGUUCUUCUUAUAACCUUAUUGUUGUUUGUUUUUCCUCUUGUAGCAUUUUAUCAAAAUCAAAAUUAAAUCCAUUGGCCAAAGAGUUCAAGUUUACUCCUAAACCUCAGGUAUGUUAUUCUUUUAAUGUGCUCAACUUUUCUACUUGUAUAACUAUUUAUAUAUAACAAAAACUCCAUUAUUAUAUUCUAAUGAGAAGAAUCAUUUUGCUAGGUCUGUUAAAUCAAGUUGAAGUAAAGUCUCAAAUACAGACACUUGGGAACUGCUUUGACAUAAAGAGUAAACAACCAUGUUCUGCUAUGUUUGUGACAUCAAAACAGUUUUUGGCAUUUUAAUUUCAAAAUCUAAAUCUAAAUUGAUAAUCCCCACAGGGGAUAACCCAUCACUGUGGAUGUGAGGAAAAAAUGUAGAUAAAUAAGUUAAAUAAAUAAUUUUGCUGUUUCAAAAUUAAUGUAACAAACUAAGACUUGAAUAAUGAAGUAACCAUGAUUUUAUGCAUUGAUGGCAUGUUAAGUUAUUUUGUCUGUCAUUAAUUUUUGCGUAAGCUUAGUCCCAGAUGGUGUAGAUAUUUGGCUGACCCCAAUAGUAUGCUCUUUGAUUCAGAUCCUGAACGUAACACAAUUUAUAGCCAAAAAUUGUAAAAAUUCCUGAUUAAUAAUGAUGGUAAUAUUUUUUUAUGCACUGGGUUUGGCACAUGAAUAUUUGGAAUCUGAAUCAAAGCCGUUCCAGAGUCUGCAUUCUUAGCUAAGCCAGGUGGGAAGAACAUCUGAGUCAUUCCAUUUUGAAAAUAGUCAUUCUUUGUAAUUGAUUCAGAUGCCAAUCCUUCCAUGGAAUUUGUAAUGAUGGGGUGUGUGGAAUAAGGCUUAAGUGACUUCUUAUAUACUACUUAUACGACUUCUUCCUUUGAUUAGCAAGCCUUAUAAGGUAAUGAUAAAGAGAAUCUAGCAUUUUUAAGAGAAGUAACAGUAAAUUUAAACCCAGGUUGUAUGACUAGUUUUUUUGACAAAAAAAAGCCUUUAAAGAUCCAUAUUUCACUUUAUACUACACAAUCAAAUGUUUUUAGGUGGUAAAAUGAUGUAUUAACAUCAAUUGCAGUGAUAGACCUAUUCGGCUAACUCAAUGUUGUACCCAAUUCAAACCCUUUGGGAAUAAAACGAUUUUUUUCUUCAGGAAUUUCCAUAUCAUUUAAAAGUGAAUGCCACAUUAUAAUGCAAAUACAAUACACAAAGAAUCUUAUCCCCGGGACACUUGAAUUGGGUACAACAUUGAGUUAGCCGAAUAGGUCUAUUAACAUUUCAGUAGAGACCUUCAAUUGUUAAAAAAGUUAAAGUUUGAAAACGUCGAUAGUUUUCAUCCUUUUCAUCCGAAAACUGUGAUAAGCCACCUUAAGCAGGGUUGUCAUUAAGAGCCGGGGGCCGGGGAUUUUCCCCGGCUACUAAGAGAGUAGCCCCCGGCUACUUUCAUCGGAAAAUAGAAGAAAAAUAGAACCAAAAGAAAUCCCUAGCCAUUUGAUUCCCCGCCUACUUGUUGUAUUUACCCGGCAACUUGAAAUCUUAGUGACAACCCUGCUUAAGGCUUUAUUUCAGGUAUGCCUUCAUUUAUUCAAGGUAAUCCUGAAAAGCACCUUAUCAGAUCUGGGUCUUAGGGCACUGACCAAUUGCCAGAACUGGCUGAGAAGACCAGUUCUGCAUACUGCAAAUCACCUGUUUGGCCAGACAAUUCUGACUUUUUGGUAAGUACCCUUGAUUAGCAGUCAUUACUGAUAUUACAUGUGUUUAAUCCUUCCAGAAACCUGCACCUUCACCUCAGCCUUCCCCACAUUAUGUCCCUAUGGUUGCAACACAGCCAUUCUCUCCGACAUCAAUGAGGCCUCCCCCCAUCCCUGGUGCUCCAUUUCCUCAGCAGCUGAUGAUGGUUUCACCUCAGCAGAUUAAUAUGUACAGAGGAAAACAGCCAUUCCAUAAACGUAAGUUUUGCUUACAUUUUGUCUUUAGUGUGUGUUAAUUAACAGGUUUUUCGUGGCUAGUCAAAUGGUUUCACAUCCAAUUACAUAACUGUUAAUGAUAAAUGCUAAUUUGGAAUGGAAAUCACUCAUUCUAGCUCAGUUUUCAGCAGAGCCACCCAGAGGUGAACAGCUUCCCUCCCACCCAGAAAUCACAUGGGUCUUAUUACUAUCAACCCUGAAGUCAAGUUCUCCCAGCUUGGCUUAGUCCACUGAUCAGUUUUUUUCCCAUAUCUUAAUACAACUGAGCAGGAAUAUGAAUGUAGUUGAAUUGAUUAAUUUUCCAGUUUCUUCACUACUACGGGUCCUAGAAAUGAUGACUGAAUGUUGCCAAGUGAUUCCAAUGGAAAGUUUUGAACAAUGUGACAUAAUUUCUGUGAUCCAUAGCUCAGUAAUGGCAGUAGGAAAUCUUUCAAUUUGUUGUUAUAUUUACCCUAACACUUGAACUUUCGUUUAAGAAAUUUUCUCCAAAUUGUCUUUUCUCUUCUCAACAAUAAGUCACAAGAAAUGGACACAUGAUUUUUCCGACAGUUACUGCAACUUAGGUUUUCCAAAAGAUACCCCUGCCAAAUUUUCCUUGGGUUUCUCAAGCAUAGCGGGAUGGAGGGUUUAAGUCCAUAACCCCUCCAUGGGAGAGUAUGAAAAUCCUUUGAAGCAGCACAAUGUCUUUAUAACAAGACCACCUUUGUUUCAGCAGCUAGGAGUCAAACAUAUCCUGGGCGCGAACAAGGCGAGUCACCACCCUUCAUAUCAGCAGCUGCUGCCACAGGAAGCCCAAUCAUUGCUCCAGGUGGCACAUUCCCUCAACCAGUUUACCCUGUUUCUGCACCGCAAGUCGCAUAUGUGCCGUCACCAGCAGGAAUGGUACCCCAGCAAGUGGUGCCACAGGUCAGUGGAUGGCACAUAUUAAAAGAAAUCAUUUCUCAUAUGCUGUUUCUCUGACAAGCAUCUAGCAUUUAACAAUUAUUGAAAUAAGGCUGAGCAUAAUAUGAAGAAUGAAGCAGGUCAAGAAGGGCUGAGGUGGCUAACAGCCUCUGAGAUCCGCAUAAUUCUUCUUGUCACACAAAAGCCAAUUUCAAUAAUUGUUUUAUUGAUUGUUCAAAAUACCUCUAAGUUCUUAACACCCUACCUUCCCAAUGGACUUUUUUCAAAACAUUUUCCUUUUUCUCGGUACAGUUUCAUAUUUACAGAUGGUUUUUUCCUUGCAGAAAAACAAGUCAUUCAUCCAGCAAUUUUUCUUCUUUAUGUUCUUACAUUUGUUCCGUUCAGUUUUAGUCAGUAAUUUGGCUAUUUCGUCUUCAAGUAGCAGGAACUUUUCAACCAUUUAGUGGAGUUUACUCAUACCAAAACAGCUAGGCUGCUGCGCUGCUGCCUGAAAAUGAGGUUACGAUUUUAAGUUUGGCAACAUAUCAUCGAAUCUUUGUAAAACUACCUGCAUGUGCCAUAUAUGGUAAAUGCCGCCUAUUGUUUUGUAAGUAAGUCCAUUGCACAUAAGCAAGACCAUAAUUCUGAAGGCCAGAUGCAAAAUACUGAAUGACCCAAUACAUAAUCAUGGAGUGUUUAUUAGUCUCUUGUCUCUGCUUGCCAUCAUAUCAGUUUACAAUUGUGGUGUCAGUACAUGUAAUGCAGUAAACAAGAUAUUUGUAACACCCUUUCUUAAGAUAAUUAAUACGUUACAUUGCUUUGUACGCUUGUCUUUUUUUCCAGUUUGUUGCAGUUCCCACAGGACAUGGACCUCCACGAUACAUGCAUCCCGGCGCGGUAUGCUCAUCUUCUAAUGUCAAUAAAAUGAAUUACUCUCUGCUUUAAUUUUUUACUUUGGUAAAUAUGGUAUACCUUAAUUCCUUUAGAAGAUCAAGGUACUCAUUUUGAGAUAUUUCUAUCUUUGUAGGUUUCAUCCCCAGUGGGUGGUGCUUCUGUUCCCAUGUCACAGGCUUACCAGGAUGGUUCCCAUAUGCCAGUUUAUGGUAUGUGUAACAUAAGGUUCAUUAAAUUGGUCGUAAAUGUACUUUUAUUAUAGUUUAUAUUGAACGGAAAAUGUAGUCAUAGCUCUCCUGGACAUACUUGGGCUUUUUUUAACGUAAUAUUAUGCAAAAUAUAAUUUUUUUUGUUAUGCUUUUCAUUACAAAAUAUUUCUUCUCGGAUCGAUUUAUCUCACUGAACUUAGUGAAAACGUUAAGUUUGGUACAAAUCUGCUUCAAACUCUUGGAGAAAUUAGAGCUUUACAACUAGGCACUUACCGCAAGUGACCUAUUUCAUUUUAAGGGUCCAUACGGGAGCAUUUAAUAGAUAGGAGGCGUUUAUUAUCCAGCCAUAAAUUCCCAUUCUUACGGUGUGUGUCUUUAUUAUUUAAGAAACCAAACGAGUAAGGGUUUAGUUUAGAACCACCUGUUACUUUCUAUAGAAUUUAUAUUCCCUGAACAAUACUUUCUACAGAGUUAAGUAAACGAAGAUUGACAUUUUUACUUGACAGGCAGUUUUUCGCUUCGCUACGCUUCGACCUUGCUUUCAUGUUUUGCCUCAGCCCCUUUUUCCUUCUUUUGAGAGUUUGGUCCUCGCCAUCAUACGAUAGUGAUCAAGCUCUAUUACUUUUAAAGACUGCUCAAUACCCAUUUUUCCUCCUUCAGAUUACUGAUCUAUAUAUAAAAUCCUCAUUAAAGUAAUAUAAACAAUGACGUUAUACCCACAUAAGGAUAUGACACACAUAAUUAAAAUCAACUUUGACAUCAUCCAUCUAAGAAUAACAAAUCUGUAAAACCAGUUAAACCCACUAAAAAUAUCACAUGACCUUAUCUUAAUGAGAUUCCUGCUCAUUUUAUUCAUGAGAUAAAAGCAAUAGGCUAUGACGUUAUUGGCGUUAAUGUAUUCCUGCGCAAGUUAAUGAGAUUUCUGCCCAAAAAAAGGUUAAUUCUGUGCCUACCCCACUACUAAGAAACUGAAAGAAUUUAAUGAUUUUGCUCUUUUUUGCUGAUUCCUAGUAUUUUGGAGUAAUUCUCAGAGGGGGCGUCUAUUAGACAGGGAGUGUUUAUUAAAGAGGGGUGUCUAAUAAAAUUUUAACAGCGUAGUGGGGGCGUUUAUUUGGAAGUGGGCGUUUAUUAGGUCGUUUACGGUAUGUUACGGAAGCUGGACAGGGUCGGAUCACAUGCGACUUAGUGCAGGAAAUAGCAUGAUUUGUAGUGAUAUUUGCCAUAAAUGCCACGAGUAAUGUUUGGAAAUUGUUAUACAAAAUUUGAGACAAUUUUGAAAUAUCACUAGUGGUAUUUAUGCCAAAUAUCAUGUACAAAUCAUGCUAUUAUUUGUUUAUACUACUACUCGCAAAGGUUUUGUAAUUUUCACAUGUAGGUAUUUCAAAUUAAGCUGAAAUACCACUGCUCUAAGCCAAUCAAACUGCAGAAAUUUUUCAUGUAGUAGUAUAAUAACCUGUUAUAAAAACACCUUAAUGAAGACAUUUGGCUCUCUUGCUUUGAUGAGUGUGUAGGGUUAAAAACAUUCAAUCUUUUAUGAUAAUUUUGCUUCUUCCUUUAGUCACUGGCAACAUGCCGACUGCUGCAACGCCUCCUGGCCAACCUCAACCCAGUCCCUCACAGCAGGGACAACAGUUUAUUUUCACAGGCGCCGUUCCUCAACUACCUGGCCAGCCCCAAGGAGCUGGACCUCAUCAGGCCCAGACGACGCCUGGCCCCGCCCAGUUUCCACAGCCCGUCAUGUACAUUCAAGGUGCCACUGUUCCCACUUCUGCUGCAUCAGCGCCUGUCUACGGCAUCCCCGGUAUGGCAAUUUGCUUCUUUCACUCCUAA